AUGGCAUCGCCGGCCCCCCAGCAUUUUCCUGAUCGCCCGCAAUUCUCAGGCUUUAUGAAGCCAUGUCGGUUUGAGGGCGAGGUUCAACAUCUGGAGGUACAUGGAGAUCUCCCUAGUGAUAUCGACGGCACCUUCUACCGUGUUAUGCCUGAUCCUCAGUUGCCUCCUUUCAUCGACAAUGACCCCAUAAUCAGUGGUUCAAUGGAGACGGAAAUAUCAGUGCAUUUCGGGUCAAAAAUGGCACUGUGGCCUUCCAGCAAAAAUAUGUUCGCACCGAAAAAUUUAUUUGAAGGCGGACUAUUAACAAACUUUUUUCACACAGGAAAAUAUCGGAACAAGUUCACUGAUGCGAUGGAAUUUGCUGUUAGAAGUACUGCCAACACCAAUAUUGUCAGCUUCAACGGCCAACUCUUGGCCCUCAAAGAAGACUCUCCCCCAUAUGCGAUGGACCCAGAGACCCUAGAAACGAAAGGCUUGUAUACCUUUGACGGCCAACUCCCCAGCGUGACUUUCACUGCCCAUCCCAAGACCGAUCCAGUGACUGGGGAAUUGGUGUGUUUUGGUUAUGAAGCCAAGGGAGACGGCAGUCCAGAUAUCUGCUAUUAUACUAUAGACCCCGAUGGCAAAUUUACCCAGACAGUUUGGCUGGUGAGCCCUGUUUGUGGAAUGAUCCAUGACUUUGCAGUGACUGAGAACUGGUGGUUCACAUACAAGAACUCGUUCCCCGGCCAUACCGCCAACGCCUAUGAGCGAGACGAUGGCAAGAUUGUUUUUGAUCUUGGGCUUAGUGACAAUAAUGUCUUCUACUGGUGGCCUGAUGCUGAGGGCAACUCCCCUGAGCCUGACAAGCUUCACACCCAAUUAACACGUUUUACUAUAAACCCUAACGCAGAGGAAGAAUACCUCUCUGCGCCAGAUAUUUUGCACAGUGGAAACUCGGAAUUCUACCGCAUUGAUGAACGAUUUUCUGGAAGAAAAUACAAUCACAGCUACUUCGACCUUAUGAACCCUAGCUUGGGGACAGACUUUGCAGCCAUCGGCCCAGUCAUGGGCGGUGGGUAUCCUCCAUAUAAUUCGCUAGCACAUCACGAUGAAAGCACGGGAAAAACAGAGGUUUACUUCCCAGGUCGCACGCAUCUCGUGCAGGAACCCGUUUUCAUCCCCCGGCGGGGAUCUACGGAAGAAGGCGAUGGGUAUUUGAUGGUAUUGGUGAAUAACUAUCGCACGCUGUCCAGUGAGCUGCAUCUUCUGGAUUGUCGUGAUUUCACCAAGGCCCGCGCGAUCAUCUUGCUUCCUUUGAGACUCAGGGCUGGUCUGCAUGGGAACUGGGUUGAUAACAACUAG